CAGUAACCAUGUCGACAAUUAUGUCUGAAAAUGUACAUGAACGUUGCUCUGAGUUGCCUAAUUCUGAAACUCGUGCUUUAUUUUCUUGCAAAAUUUGUUUUGAGCCUUAUUCAAAAUGUCUUCGAUGCCCCAUUUCAUUAAACUGUGGCCACACAUUUUGUCUAGUUUGCAUCCGGAAGUUGGGUAUGAACAAAAGUACUAUUCAGUGUGGGAUAUGUCGCAAGAACACUUAUGCCAAUUAUAAACGACUUGGGAAGAAUAUUGUUCUGACGGAACUUUUGGAAUGGAUGAAUAUUCUCGUUAAUGACAUUGAUUCUGAACCAACACUUGAGGAAAAAAUAGCAGAUGAGCAACAAGUGGAAAAUGAAUGGCCGGGAUCGCAACAUUUUAUUGGCCCCGCAAAUUUAGAAUAUUUUUAUGAAGAGGUUUUUUUAAAUUUUUGUUUACAUUCUUAUUGUUAGGUUUCAACGUUUGAUGCUCUUGUCCACAACUGGCCUACUUAUGGCACUCUUCAACGUCGAUUAGAUAAGCGGGUUCAAGAUUUGCGUUGUGAAAUGUCUGCAGUAGAAGCGCAAUUACGUCAAGCUGGGGAUACUUAUAGAGAUAUUUUAGUUAAAUUGGAGGAACUUCGUUC